CCCUGUCAUCACCUCACCGCAGGCAACAGCGGGCCUAAAUAGCCUCAUAUUUGUUAACUUCGUUAUUUUAUACUAUUACAUGCUUAGCAUUGACGCAAUUGUUUUAAUGAAAACCAUCGUCAACCUUGGACGUUCUCAAAUAUGCUGAGAAACUGAGCCGGUAUACCGAAGACCCACUCACUCACAACUAGGUACCUUCAGGAGAACAAUGGCGAAGUUUGAAUUCGUGAACGUAGCGACCCCCGGUGAUGUAAAACAGCACUCGACUACAAUCCGCCGCCAUGUCAUGAAAGAUAUUGGCAAGGCGCGCAGAAAACCGCGGACGAAGAAUCGGGGCGAGGUCAUCAUAGGGGAGGGUAGUUCAGCUGCUACUAAAGAUAAAGAUGAAGCGCAAGCAAAUAGUCCAUCGCGAUUCUUGAAGCUUCCCAGCCCGCAGAUGGACGGUAGCUUGCAUACCAUAGAAUUUCCCAUCGAUAUGGACCAAAAACGGAUGAGCCUCAUUCAAUAUAUUGUCGAUGAAGCCCGUACUACUUAUAGACCAUUUCGAUUCCCCUGGCUAACCAUGGGUCUGUCGGAUAUUGCCGCUUGGCAUAUCACCCUUGCGAAUGCUGUAAUCUACCGCGGCCUCAAGCCAGGAGAGAAGAAGACCGAGAUUACCAGCCUUGAAGCUAUGAAGUGGUAUACGUUAUCUCUAGCUUCUAUUACCAAGAGGCUUGCAGAUCCCGUUGAGAGCAAUAGCGAGGGUCUCAUAAUUGCUGUUACCGGCUUUGCCUGUCAUGAUGCUUCAAUAGGCAAUUUUGACCGCUUCGCCAUCCAUAUGGACGGACUUCAGCGCCUAAUUAGUAAAAAGGGUGGCUUGCAAGCCUUAAGCAGUCCAUUCCUAAGAUUAAUGAUAUCUUGGCUUGAUCUAGCUGGGGCAACGUACUCUAAUUCUAAGCCACGAUUCCAUAUCCCAAGAGACUCCAUCACAGAAAUCAGCACCGGCAACGAUUCCCUGUAUCUCCAGCAGUUAUUACAAUCCUGGGACGCAGAUUGCCCUACGUUAGGCGAUAUCAUGAACGCUAUGAAAGCGACUGCCGCCGCCGCUAGCUAUAUUAACCAACAUCAAGGUACUCCCAACUUUUGGACGGAUGAUGUAACGAUAGCACGGGUUCUGAGCCCAGCCUUUCAUGAGAUUUUGACCCUCGAGGGAAUACCUCUUCCUGACGAUCCAUCACACCCCCAUUAUUCUGGAAUUGCAGCCAGGGAGGCCUUUCGGAGAGCUGCACUCAUUUUCUUAGCUGCUAUUAAGGACCGGAUGGGCGCCGCGGCGUUCGAAAUGGAGACACAUCUUGAGGCAUUUCGUCAAAUUUCACAGAUACCCCUAGUGGACUGGGGCUUGGUGGCCGAGUUGAACCUCUGGGCUCAUAUAAUAAGUGCUAUGCAAGAGGAGAGCCCAAAUCGGGCUUGGCAUGUCCUUACGAUUGUCGGGAUUAUGGAAAGCCUCGGACUUCAAACCGGCAAUCAAGCUAUGAUUCUCGCCCGUGGCAUCAUUUGGGUAGAUGCUAUAGACGCAGGGAAGUCAGACUUGCUCUGCCGCGAGAUUGAUAACUACUUACAGGCGACUUUAUCUCAACGACUGGAAAAUAUCCCCGUGGAUCCACACUUGGGCAUGUUGUCUGGAAAUAUCGAGAAUUGAUGUAGAGACACAUGGCUUCCAUCUAUGUGAUUGAACACCAACUCGUAACUAAUCUAAUUUAGAAUACACUGGCGUGCCUUAAUAGAGCGGAGAUGGAAUACCCAAAAACCACCAUCCCACUUCCAGCUUGUCAGGACUCAAACAUUUCCGAGAAUACCAGCAUCUACAGCAAUAUACUUAGCAGUCAGCCAAUGGCUCUUCUCCGAUGCGAUUAGUAGCACUAUAUCGGCCAUAUCUUGCGGUACACCAAUACGAUCAGAACCU